CUUUUCAUGUAACAAAACCAUCAACAUGGCUGCGCGCUGGAGAGCGAUCAAACGUUUCGAAUAAUUGACCAAACGGGAUGAAAUUUCCAUAUUCCAAGAAAUAACAACUAAAAUUUGUCACCAGACUCUGAGGCAUUUUUACAGCUGUCGAAUGGCUUUGUUCAGUGAUGUUUGCCGUAGUGUUCGCGCGCUGUUAAGUCAAUGUCAGAGAUCAACAGCAGCAGCAGCGUGGAUUCAUUGCCAGUCAUCAGCUCGGAAAUACAGUCAGACAGCGCCAGAGCCCGUGGUUAGUGAUAAUGAAGCCAUCAAUAAAACAUUUGUCAACCGAAACCCAAGGAACUUGGAACAGAUGGCCCUCGCAGUAAAGGAUCGAGGCUGGGGCACGGUGUGGCCUUCUAGACAGUAUUAUCACAGGUUGGUGUUCAGGCGCUCGCAGCACCAUGUCACAGCUGAGGUGUUCUCAAAUGACUCGAUUGUACCCAUACUCUCUUGCUCCACGAAGGAGUGGGCUCUGAAGCAGGAACUGGGCUCCACACGAUCCGUAGCAGCCUGCCGUGCCGUAGGUGAGGUGCUUGCUCAGCGGUGUCGAGAAGCAGGCAUUACACGAGUUGUUUAUCGAGAGGUACCGUGGAAGUUUCGCUCCGAGGCGAAUCAGACAUUCUGGACAGCCGUGAAAGAGGGUGGUGUUGCACUUAGUGAACCGAGGCGAAAAUUCAUUUAAGUUUCAUGUUGUUUUAUUUCUGUCUUAAAAUGUGACAUUUGUCUGUCUGUAAAUAUAACUAUGUUCUCACCUUCAAACCGUGUGGUCAUUACAGAUUGGUUCCCAGCGCAGAAGAUAUUACAUUUCUACACAUUUUAACUUUGUAUUGUUUAUAUAUAGAGAGAGAGAGAGAGAGAGAGCUCUACUGCUCUCAGCUGGAAAAAAUAAUUAUAUAUAUAGAGAGAGAGAGAUAGACAGAGAGCUCUACUGCUUUCAGCUGGAAAAAAUAAUUAUAGAUAUAGAUAGAUAUAUAGAUAGAUAUAUAGAGAGAGAUAGAUAUAUAGAUAUAUACAUAGAUAGAUAGAGAGAGAGAGGAUUUAAUUCGAUUAUUGCUUUCUGAUGAUGCAAUAUUUGCCCUGUUCAUUUGGCAAAACAACUAAUAAUAUACCUGUAAAACACCAGUUCUUUUACAGUGGCAUUAUUAGUUAU